AUGUGCUUCGCAAGUAUCCUCAACUCGGGUGAAUAUCCGGCAGAUCCGGCAUCGAAGCGAAGACUGUACAUCUACAGGGCGCUAUUGACUUUAUCCUCGAGCUCCUACAGAUCACGCGUACAGCGAUAUCCCUGUCCGCUUACGCGGUACUACCCGAGGCUCGUAUUUUCACACCAAAAAUACAGCAUCGGUAUGGGUACGCGCAGACGCAUGGAUCUGACCUCGCUCGUCGAAAGUGUAGUAAGAUUUGUAGCCCGCCCGUUCAGAGAGAGGCGGCCUUCCUGCGGUACAUGCGGCUGUCGUUGUAUACGACUGAGACAGCACGUGGUGUCUCGCACAGCGGUGUGCAGGGCCAAGGCUAAGCAGCCAUGGCGUCGGGUGCCUCGUCACGCAAGCGUGAAGUUUGCUUUUGCGGAACUAUAG